AAUAAAAAAUGGCGUAAUAUAGUGGCAGCUGUAACAAACGUCUUUGGUUCUCAGUUCUAUUUAAUAAAAUAAAGGUUUUCCUUUUCCUUCUACUGUGCUAAAGUAUUAAUUAAAUUACCAAUUUUUCUUAUCAAAUAAAGUAAAUAAUAGCUUCAUAUUUAUCAAUAAAAUACAUUUUUGUAAAUUCCACGAACAAAACAAAAAUUAAAUAAAAGAAAGAAGAAAAGAAAAACACCUUAACCAAAUGUUACACAUUUCUUGACAAAGAAAAUUCAUCAAAGAUCAAAGAAGCUAUAAAUGUUACAAAUACAAAAUAGAAUUAAUUAUUUUUCUUUUGGUCAAUGCCCCCGCCAUCGCUAUCACCAUCGACAUCAUCACCUUUGUAAUAAAGUUAACCAAUCGAAUUCUUGUUACGAUCUAAAUUCUUGUCUUAAAAAGCCUUGCAUGGCCUCAAUUAAUAAUAAUAACCAUAAAUUAAACAACCCAAAAGAAAUACAAAAAAUAUCUCGGAUCUUAUCGUUUUCGUUGUUCAUGUUGUCAUCGUCGUCGUCGCCGUCGCCGUCGUCGUUGUCUUCUUUACGACACAGUGCAUUAUUACUUAGUGAAAGUUGAUUUAUUUUUUUACAAAAAACAAAAAGAAAUUGAAAGAAUUCGAUUUUGAUUUACAUUUAACGUUAUUGGUGUUGGUAUUAAAUAUUAUUAAAAUAAAACUUAGACAAAAUGGGGCUGCUUAUAUCAAAGCUUUGGAGCAUGUUCGGCAAUGAAGAACAUAAAUUAGUUAUGGUCGGUUUGGAUAAUGCUGGAAAAACAACAAUUCUAUAUCAGUUCUUAAUGAACGAAGUGGUGCACACUAGCCCAACAAUUGGCUCUAAUGUAGAAGAAGUAGUUUGGAGAAAUAUACACUUUUUAGUAUGGGAUCUUGGUGGACAACAAAGUUUACGUGCUGCAUGGAGUACAUAUUAUACCAACACAGAAUUUAUUAUUAUGGUAAUUGAUUCUACGGAUCGGGAACGAUUAGCAGUUACAAGAGAAGAAUUAUAUCGAAUGUUACAACAUGAAGAUUUAUGCAAAGCUAGUCUGCUCGUAUAUGCAAAUAAACAAGACUUAAAGGGUUCAAUGUCUGCUGCUGAAAUUUCCAGACAAUUGGAUUUAACCUCAAUUAAAAAACAUCAGUGGCACAUACAGGGGUGUUGUGCGUUAACAGGUGAAGGACUUUAUCAAGGAUUGGAAUGGAUUGUUCAGCGUAUCAAGAAGAAAUGACAGACAUAUCCCGAUCGCGGUAGUUUAUAGCUAGUUGAAAAUAACUGAAAAUCAAUUACUAUUAAAUUAUUAACAUUAGAAUUAAAUUUAUAGCGUAUUGUAUACUUUACUUCAAUUUUAAUUUUUAUUUAAAUUUCUUUUUCUAACAUCUACAUAAGUACAUGACUCGAUGACUUAAGUAAUCAUCGUUUGGUCUAACAUCAUUAAACGAUUAAUUAUUAGCUUAAAAAUAUAUAUAUUUUUCUAUUACUAUGUAAAUUGAAAAUAUUGUAAAAAAUAAAACAUUUUUGUUAAGAAAAAAUAAUAAUACAAAAAAAUAACCAUCGUGCAGUUAACGGAGUUUUAAACAAAUAAACUUUUACAAAAUGAUAUUUUAACAAAACAUAUAAACAAAUAACAUAUAUUGUAAUUUAUUUUAACAGUUUGUGAUUUAAAUUUUUCUUCCACAGUUUUAUUUAGUUGCGGUUAGUUUUUUUUUUUUAAUUUUAUUUUCCAAAUUUUAAAUCUUGAAAACAGUGUUGUUUCCAUUAAACUGUGAACACAAUUUAUAAAAUGAAAACAAAAAUAAUUUUAGAAUUGAUUGCAAGAAUCUAUUUAUAAAAAUAUGUUUUUUCCCAAAAUGUAAAUAACGAUUGUUAAUAAUGAUAGCUUCAUCAUCUGAACAACGUAUACUUCAGUGUAAAUUGAUAUUUUGUAAGUACAUAAUAAUUAAACUAUAAGACAGACAAAAAACGCAUACUUAAAACAAUGUGUCAUAAAAAUACAAUAUUAUGAUAAAAAAUAAAAAUAAAUGAGAUUUGCCAAAAGAUAGAAAAGAAAAAAAACAAAUAAAAAUAAAUCUAAACAAAAAUACA